AUGUUGGCCUCGUGGGCCAAGAGAGUCGAGUUGAGGGUGGAAGUGGAUGAUAGGGCAAAUAUACCGGUAUUUGGACGAUCCGAAAUCUCAUCGGAGAACGUGUAUGGGGGUGACGUCGCAUCUGGGGGAACCGCAAAGGCUAGAGGCGCGGUCGCGGAGAAUCCUAAGAUCUCUUGCUUGAUAGCACUGAACAUAGUGUCCAGAUCGCUCAGAGAACUCUCGAUCGACGCAUAUGCGUCGAGCUCCGCGGUAUCAUUACCCCCGUCGGACGGUCCACCGCCUGCUGCCUCAAUGAAACUGGAUGGCACGGGAAGUCUGCCAGUCCCCGACGACGGUACGACCGCUGCGUGGAUCGAGCACCUCCUUGUCGCGACAAUGAUAUGCAUCGCAGUUAUAGUGCGCGCGUGUGUUCUUGGUAUUAGGGCAGCCGAUCUUCUACACCAUGACGAUUUAAGCGUCAGGACCAUAGCUCACGCAUGUAACAACUCGCGUCACACUUACGAGUCAGUGGCACCGCCCUUCGAUCCGGGGCGAUUCGAAAUGCCAACUUUCGACUACACAAAGGAAAUGGGAAUGGCAGUGCCAGUGGCUCCGGUACUAGUAAAUCUGAGAAAACGCGUCACGCGUCCCGGCGCUUAG